GAAGGAGCGAAGAGCAAGGAGGAGAAACAAACGUGUUGAGGAGGAAGAAGCGAAGAAGGAGAGAGAGAGCGAGGGAGAGUAAGGGAAGGAUACGAGGAAAGAGGACAGGACAGGAGAAGAGAAGCGAAUAGCGUGCAGCUGGUGGAAUUGUUGGUCCCACAGUUGGUGGAUGCGGUGUAUGUCCAGGAAACUCCUUUCCUGAGACCACAAGCUUAUGAAAUCUUUUUAUUGUUUGUUAAUAUUGUGCGCGGUUGGGCUGAGCGGCAGCACAAUAUCGCCAAUGACGCCAUGCCUUCGUAAAGGACAUCAUCAUUCAGUGCUGCUUAUGAGCGACCUCGAUGGCACUUUGAUAGGCGACGACUCGAACCUGCAAAACUUCAACUCGGUCUGGGAAACGCACGAGAGGAGUACGGGAUCAGUGUUGUGCUACAACACGGCGAGGAGCAUCAGGGAUUGCAAUCCUCUGUUCCAGACGCGGGCAACACGAGAGAUGAACGAGAACAUCGGGAAAGGAACUCACUCGCUGCACGGGGGAGGAACGCCAAACCUGAUCGUACCAGAUGUGUUGAUCACCGGGGAGGGCACGGAGAUCCGAUAUUGCGUUGACUAUGACAAUGCUGAGUUCCGAGUCGAUGAAGACUGGGAGCGUCAGAUCAACGAGCAAUGGUGGGAAUCCGGGCUAGCCGAGAAGGUCGAGGCGAUCUGCGACCCUUACGACGAAGGGCUGAUACCGAGUCUCAACGAUGUGGACAACUCUCCUCCUCGAGGGGAGGCGCGUUAUGCGAUCACUGUAUCGACGGAGGAGAAGGCACAGAUGGUUGUGCAGGAGCUGCAGGACAAGCUCGCGGAGAACUGUACCAUUUACUCGAUGGCAGCGUGGGGAUCGGAUCCUCCUCCCCGCCUGAUCUGUGUGCUUCCUGCCUUGGCAAACAAAGCCAACGCCGCCAUGUUUCUGAGGAAGAAGCUGGGGUAUGAGAGCCAUCGCUGCAUCGCUGCUGGGGACACUCUGAACGACGCUCCCCUCCUGCAGACUGAGAUCCCUUUCAUCUGCGUCGCCAACGCCGACCAGGACUUGCUCAAGGUGGCUCACAAGCUGGAGAAGCCGGACUUGCACUUCCGUGCAAGCUUGCCCAUGGCAGGAGGGGUUCUUGAAGGGCUCUCACACUUCACCAAGAAGCUAAGAGGGAGCUCCGUCAUGGCAGCUGCUGAAGUUGCUGUUGGCUGCUAGGUCACUAAUUUUUUUUCUGUUGUGGAGAAGUUAAUGAAUGUCAGAUCAUUUUGUUUUC